AUAGCUGCGGCUGCCUCUUCUUCCUCUUCAGGUUCAUGGUCAUUACGUUGCAGUAUUUUUGUCACUGCUCGGCUUCCAUACAUGACAGAAGCACCCACAUAGACGGAAACAUCUGCUGCAGCUGUUUGUCCCUUCAGUCAUGUUGUCCUGGGCCGCCCACUCGCUCCGUCUCGGGGCCACUGGUUGCCAAGGAAGCUGGCGCUCCAUAGCAACGAUCAUCUCUGGGAACAAAACCUCCAAGAUGGUGAGAGAGAGACUGAAGAAGGAGGUGGAGAAGAUGGCAAGCCAGUUUUCAGGGUUCAGACCCAGUCUGGUGGUCCUGCAGGCAGGAGACAGAGAUGACUCUAACCUGUACAUCAGCACCAAACUGAGGGCUGCAGCCGAGAUCGGAAUAGAAGCCAAACACAUCCGACUGCCGAACACAACAACGCAGGAGGAGGUUCUGCAGAGCAUCAUGUCUGUCAACGAGAACCCAUCCGUGCACGGUCUGAUCGUCCAGCUGCCGCUGGACUCUGUCAACCACAUCGACACCGAUCUCGUCACCAACGCUGUGUCCCCACAGAAAGAUGUGGACGGGCUGAGCUGCAUUAAUGCAGGGAAACUGUCUCGAGGAGAUCUCAGCAGCUGCUUCAUCCCCUGCACUCCCAGUGGCUGCAUGGAGCUCAUCAGGCAGACAGGCGUGUCCGUGGUGGGGAAGCACGCGGUGGUGAUCGGUCGCAGUAAAAUCGUCGGUGCUCCGAUGCACGACUUGCUGCUAUGGAACCAUGCCACUGUGACCACCUGCCACUCAAAGACACCUGACCUACCUGAGCAGGUGGGCCGGGCUGAUAUCCUGGUGGUGGGGGCUGGCAGAGCAGAGAUGGUGAGAGGAGAGUGGGUGAAGGAGGGCGCGGUGGUCAUUGACUGUGGAAUCAACCAUGUCCCUGAUGAGACGAAGGCCAGUGGUAAGCGGGUGGUUGGAGACGUUCACUACGCCUCAGCCAGUCAGAGAGCAGGAUACAUCACACCUGUUCCCGGAGGGGUGGGGCCGAUGACGGUGGCCAUGCUCAUGGAGAACACGGUGCAGAGCGCUCAGCGUUUCCUCCUGAAGUCGAGGAGAUAAAACAUCGACACUGACGGGCAGGUGGACAGUGCCAUUGCAGAGAUGAUGUCUUCAAAAUUAAAACAGGAACACUUCCUGUUUCAGAGGCUGAACUCAUCUUUGCUUUAGUCUUAAUUCUGGUUUCUGACCUCCUCUGUUUGCUUCUUCACGUAACAGCAGCAGGACACGCUGUGCUCGCUGAAGCUGCCAAUGCUCCGCUCUUUGCUCAGAAUUUAUUUUCUUCCUUCUCUUUCAUUUUAAUAAAAAUCUUUUACCAUCUCAUAUAAAACAUCUGUCAGUAACAGUGACUCAUAUAAACCAAACAACACAAUCAAAGUAACUUUGCUCCCUAUGAACCUCAUCACCCUCGUGUCACAGGACACAGCAUCACCUCGGCUUUGGGUCUGAAACAGAUGUGAACCCUGGAGUUUCCUGCUGAUUCCCGUCUCUUCAGUCUGGAUUCAAUUACGGAAAACAGACACACAGUGGGACUUUUAUUGUGAAAAACUGAACCUUUGACAUGCUCGAGCUUUACAUAAAUGUUCUCAAAUGCAACAGGUCACGUGUUCAUGUUGUGUUCAGGCUGUGACCUUUGAACUCAUCUGCAGCUCAACCUCGGGGUUGUUGUUACGGAAACAGACAAGUUGCUUUCCGCUGCCGACUGAAGUCAACACAAACUAAUCAGAUAUCUCAGAGGGAUCGAUGAAUUGCCUAUUGGCCGAACGCAUCAUUAAUAUUAAUUAUUAAAAUACAUGUCUGAGGUUUCAUCGUGUAAAUAAUCUGUAGAUCUGAAGUUUAAUUGUACUAUAUUGAACUUUAAACAAAG